CUCGAGCGCAAGUUGACGGUUGGUGCGGGACCGUUGUCCCUUUGGUGACCUUCCACGCCGUGCGGUUUUUUUUAAAAGUAACUGCAUCCAACGGCAAUGUCUUCCUACACCUGCAUCACGUGUCAUGUGGCUUUUGGUGAUGCUGAGAUUCAGAGGUCACAUUACAAAACAGAUUGGCACAGAUAUAACCUGAAGCGUAAAGUCGCAGAAAUGCCUCCGGUGACAGCUGAAAACUUCCAAGAACGUGUAUUGGCCCUGAGAUCAGCUGUAGAAGAGAAGAAAAAGGGGACUGCUACAGACUGCACAUCUUGUGGUAAAAGAUUCGCCACAUUCAAUGCCUAUGAAAAUCAUUUAAAAUCCAAGAAACACCAGGAUACAGAAAAGAAGUUCACGAGCAUUGCAAGUAAACAGCUGGAAAGGCUGAAUGUGAAAAAUUUGGAGAUAGGGAUAAGCGAGGAUGGAAUGGACAAAGAUACUGUGAAUAUAGCCAUUCAGCAGGCGGUAAAAGCUCAGCUGGCUCCCUCCACGAGGAAAAGGACUGUUGUCCCAGGAACUGAAGACACUGAGUCACAAGUCACAGUUAGCAGCCACCAAAACAAGAAGCCUGACAAACCACCUCGGUUACUCUGGUUCGAACAGCAAGCUGCAAAAUUGGACCAACUCGAGUCAUGUGAGGAGGAAGUGACGAUGGAGGAUGAAGAUGAUGGUGAAUGGGAGGAUGUGGAUUCUGUCUCUGAUGAGGAGGAACAUUUUAAAAACGAGAGCCAAGCUGAUAAGCUGACUGAAGACUCUCCACCUGGCAGUAUUCAAAUAACGGACUGCUUAUUUUGUUCACAUCACUCUCGAUCUCUAUUUAAAAAUAUUGAUCAUAUGACUAAGAUGCACGGUUUUUUUAUUCCUGACAUUGAAUAUUUAGUGGAUCUAAAGGGUUUGAUGAAGUACCUGGGAGAAAAGGUUGGUCUGGGAAACGUUUGCCUGUGGUGCAAUGAGAAAGGGCGGUCCUUUUACUCGACUGAAGCUGUCCAAGCUCAUAUGGUUGACAGCAGCCAUUGUAAGCUCUUCACAGAUGGAGAUGCUGCUCUUGAAUUUGCAGACUUCUAUGACUUUAGAGGGAGUUAUCCUGAUCACAAACAUGGAGAAGAUAUUGACAUGAAAGCUGCAGAGAUACCAAACAAGAAUUUGGAAUACAAUGAGGAAACAAUGGAGCUUGUGCUUCCUUCUGGUGCCAGAAUUGGUCAUCGAUCAUUGCUGAGAUAUUAUAAACAGCAUUUUGGGGCGUCUCGAGCAGUGGCUACUACUGGGACUAACACCUUGGGCAGAGUGCUACAGCAGUACAAGGCACUGGGCUGGUCAAGUGAGCUUGCAAAAGCAGCAUCUCAGAGAAAAGAGCGGGACAUGCAAUAUGUACAAAGAAUGAAAUCCAAGUGGAUGUUGAAGACAGCAUUGUCCAACAAUGCGACAAAGCAGAUGCAUUUCAGACCUCAAAUCCUAUUUUAGCAAUUGUCAGCAGACAGUAUACAGGUCAACUGGCAAAUGCAGAGGAUAAUUACAGCAUUGAACUUUUGACUUCCUGAUGCCUUUUCUGAUUGGUUAAUUGAGGCUUUUGCAGGUUUAUCUUUGUCAAGUUAGAAAACUUAAGCAGUUUUCAUUGUUGAAACCAUUGUUAAAUACUUAAUUCAGUAAUCCAAUUUCAUUCUGAUACAUAAGACCAUAAGACAUAGAAGCAGAAAUUAGAUCAUUCAGCCCAUCGAGCCUGCUCCACCAUUUGAUCAUGGCUGAUAAGUUUCUCAACCCCAUCCUCCCGCCUUCUCCCCGUAACCCUUGAUCCCCUUGAUACUCAAGAACUUAUCUAUCUCUAUCUCAAAUUCUGGGGUGUUGUCCAUCUGGUCCAGGUGAUUUAUCUGCUUUCUGACACCUAGUUUUUCUAGCACCGUCUCCUUGGUGAUAGCCAUCAUACUCAGGUCUGCCCCCUCACACGCUAAUUUUUUGGGGUUUUACUAUUGUGUUCCACUGUGAAGAUGAAUACCUAGUAAUUAUUCAGUUCCUCAGGAAUUUCAUUUUUCUCCACUCCUAUCUCUCCAGCAGCAUUCUGCAGCAGUCCAAUGUCUACUUUUGCCUCUCUUUCACCUUUUUAUACACAUAAAGAAACUUACAAUAGUCCUUUAUAUUACUGGUUAGCUUACCGUCUCAUUUGAUCAUUUGUUUCUUUUUUUGUUGCCCUCUGUUGGUCUUUGUAAGCUUCCCAAUCCUCUGGUCUCCAACAGUCCUGAUCACAUUAUAUGCUUUCUCUUUUGCUUUCAUAUUAUCCCUGACUUCCUUCGUCAGCCAUGGUUGCCUUCCUGUACCAUGCUGCUUUUCCCUUGGGGUGAACCUCUACUGUGUCUCCUGAAGUACUCCCAAAAUCCCCUGCCAUUAGUGUUCCACUGUCUUUCCUGCCAGGCUCCUCUCCCAGUCAAUUCUCUCCAUGCUUCUGUAGUUGUCCUUCUUCAGCUGUAAUACCGUUACCCCUCAUUCUGUCUUCUCCCUUUCGAAUUGCAGAGUAAAUUCAAUUGUAUUAUGAUCACUGCCUCCAUAGGGUACAAUUAUCUUAAUCUCCUUCCCGAUACAUAAUAGAAAUUUGUCAUAGUAUCAGAUUGAAGAUAAUUACCAGUAGAUCUGCUGCUGCCAUAGUCACCAGGGUAAUGAGUGACACGUUUGCAAAGCCUACACUUCCCACGCAAUAGGAUCCUAAUUGCAAUCACGUUGACUUGAACAAGGACACAUUAUUGCUCAGUUAUAAUUCAGAAGUGAUUGUUUACUUUAUUUCCAGUAAAAUAAUUAAAUUAAUUUUAAAUGGACAUCCAAUAGUUUAGCUAGAUACUGCAAGGUGACAGCAAAUUUACUGUUUAACAUUCCAUUGAGGCAGUGUUUUACGUGUUUACUUGCCAGAAAUGAGAAACCCUCUGGAAUGAAAGCUUUGUGCCACACAGUUAUCAAUAUCUAUCAAUCAGUGAAACAUGAUUACAUCAAAAUAAAGUUGUUUGAUGGGUAAGUACAAAA